AUGCAAAACAUUACUGGUUUGCUGUACAGUGGGGCGGAUACUCCAGCUGAACUGUUCGACUCGUACCAUAAUGGAAUCCUUCCGCUUUCUCAAUUUAUCAAGUCUGAGUUCACAGCGAAAAAGAUUCCCGACGAGAAGAAGCGCGCGGAUAUGAUGAAUUCGUUCAUCCAUUUAGUUCCCUACACAGAUCUUUUGAAGAACACCAGCGUCUACAAUUUUAUAGAAGAAACGAGCUCCGACUUCCACGUUUAUGCCUGCCGCGUCGGCCCGGAAGAUUGUUCAAAACAGUGGAAAAGCGCGCAUUUCCAAGAAGGAAAAUGCAAAGUCUUCAAUCCGAUGAUAAACGUCUCCACUUUGAACAUUGUUGUCGGCUACGAAGGUGACGACUGGGGCCCUGGAUGGACGAACUUCAUGGAAGGGUUGUCGAUGUUCUAUACUGCAAACUAUCAGAAAAUUCUGAACUUUCGAAAAAGCCUUCAAGUGACUUCGAAAUCGAUUCCGAUUGUAAAACUGGUGCAACAGAAGAAACAAAUGCUCGGUGCUCCUUAUUCUAUCUGCAGACAUCAGAAUGAAGGACGCUUGAAAUUCCUGCCAGAGAAUACGACCUACACUGAAAAACACUGCAUUUUUGAGUGCAAAAUUCAGAUGGCCAAGUUAAAAAUCUCACUCUUGACUUAA